AUGUCAAAACCUUCGAAUAAUGGAGAUAGUAACAUAACACACCCUGCAUUUUCAGUUGGUGUUCCAGAAGAUAAAAAGAAAGAAAAGAUUCACAAUGGUUUAGGAACUUCAAGUGUCAUCAAUAAUGGAAUUUUAGAUAACAAACAAUCUCCAUCUCGCAGAGAAAAAUCUCCUAUCAUUGGUAAUCAGCAAAAUACGAUACCUAUAAUAAACAAAACAAGCUUAACAGGAUCAACUAUUUUUAGUUCUCCAGUGGAAGGUAUUAAAAGAGCACCCACUGUAACAUUUUCCGACGAUAAAACAUCCAAUAUGAGAACUAAUGAAAGUAAUUUAUUGAUAGAUAAAAAAGUAGUCAGAGCUAUAAGUCCAUUAUCACAAAUGACUGAAAAGAAUCCUAUACCGGAGAUAAAAUCCCAGAUUAUGCAACCGACUCCAGUGUGUUCUGGAUUAACCUCUUCACGUACAUCAAAUAGUAGAGAACCAACAAAUCUAAUGCCUAAAAGUAUUAUCAUGAAGCCUAACGAACCACCUACUUCAAAUUCAGCAUCUACUCCAGUUUUUGCAGAAUCUUUAUGUAGGAGUGCCAGCGUUGUAUCAUCCCAAGGAAUUAGAUCACCACUACUUUUUCAAAGUGAUAUACCUGCUCAACAGUUAGAUUCUUUGUCGUUAGAUGUUGACUCAGCUGGUUUGCAGAAAGGUGUGGUAAAUAUAGCAAAAAGAGAAAAUGCAAAGAACUUGGACCCUCGGCUUCCUCAGGAUGAUGGUAGAUUCCAUGUAUUAUUAGGAGCCACUGGUGCGCUCGGAGUUUCUAAGAUAAAACUAAUGAUUAAGAAGCUAGAAGAAAUAUAUGGAAGAGACAAAAUGAGUAUUCAAGUCAUAUUGACUAAAGCUGCUACACAAUUUUUCAAUAAAAAAUACUCUAAGAAGUUAAAAUUGGCCUCUGCAAAUGAAAAUAGGAACAAUACUAAUACCGUCAACACGUCGAAUAUUGAUAAUAAGAGUACUACUCAAAAGAAUACAUUGGCGUCAAAACUCUCUUCAAAUAAUACAUAUAACAAUGAAUCUCCUAGUCAUUCCUCAAGUUACUCUAUGCUAUCUCCGCUUAACACUAGCCUAGGAUCACAGGUUAGUUUACAGAAGGCACCAUUAUCUGCCCAAGUUGAAUUGCCACCUCAUAUUCAAGUUUGGACAGAUCAAGACGAAUGGACCGCUUGGUCUCAACGUACUGAUCCUGUGUUACAUAUAGAGCUACGCCGUUGGGCUGAUAUUUUAGUAAUAGCACCAUUAACGGCUAACACUUUAUCAAAAAUAGCUAUUGGUUUAUGCGAUAACUUAUUAACAUGUGUCAUCAGAGCCUGGAACCCAUCUUUUCCUAUACUGUUGGCGCCUUCUAUGAUCAGCAGCACCUAUAACUGCUACACAACUAAGAAGCACUUAAAGGUAAUAAAUGAAGAAAUGCCAUGGAUAACUGUAUUUAAGCCUUCAGAAAAGAUUAUGGAUAUAAAUGGUGACAUCGGUUUAGGUGGUAUGAUGGACUGGAACGAGAUAGUCGAUAAAAUUGUGAUGAAGUUAGGUGGAUACCCAGUUGAAGAAGAUAGUGCAGAUGAUGAUGAAGAUGAUGAAAAUGAGAACGAUGAUAAGAAAGCCGAAACUGACUACGAUGAUGAUGAUGAUGACGAUGACGAUGACGAUGACGAUGAUGACGAUGAUGACGAUGACGAGGACAGUGAUGAUAAGAAUAUCAUAACAUCUGUUGAUAAACCAAGAAUAUAA